CUCUCACUAAUACUAAGACCCCCAAAAUUACUGUAAAAAAACUCAAUUUUCUUCGCAAAACCCCAUUUUCUCUAAUACCCAUUUUCUGGAUUUCAAAAGAAACUUCACAUUUUCCUCUUUUAUUGCGAACUUAGUUCAUAUCCUUACAAGACCGAGUUGAGAUUAUUACUGAUUGGCGAUGCUGCGGUUAAGAAUCAAGCUGCCGCAAAUCCUACUUACACAUUUUUCGAUGCAGAACGUUUAAUUGGUAGGAAAUUGUGAUAGCUUUGUGCAGAGUGACAUCAAGCUAUAGCCCCUCAAAGUCACUGCUGGCCUAGACGACAAACCCAUGAUUCAAGUCAAAUACAAGGGCGUCAAGGAUAUACAAUUUUCAGCUGAGGAUAUCUCAUCCAUUGUUAUCAUGAAGAUGAAAGAAACCGCCGAAGCUCAUCUUGCUACAAAUGUGAAGAACGAUGUUAUAACAAUUCCUGCUUACCAUUGCUGGCUUUAAUGUAACGAGAAUCAUUAGUGAACCAGCUGCGGAUGCUAUUGCUUAUGGUGUUGGUGGGAAGGGUGUUGGGCCAAAGAAUGUUCUUAUCUUUGUUCUUGGUGGUGGUAUCUUAGAUGUUUUGGUUCUCUCCGUAAAGAAGGGUGUCUCUAAAGUCAAGGCUACAGUUGGGGAUACGCAUCUCGCAGGAGAGGAUUUUGAUAACAGGAUGGUCAAUCACUUCGUACAAGAGUGCAAGAGGAAGAACAACUAGGACAUCAGUGAAAACCCAAGGGCUCUUAGGAGGUUCAGAACAUCAUGUGAGGGGGCAAAAAGGACCCUAUCGUCUACUACCAGGAUAACCAUUGAGAUUGAUGCUUUGUGUGAAAGAAUCUAUUUCAUAUCCCCAUAACUCGUCCUAAAUUUGAAGAGUUAACAUGGGUUUGCGCACGGAAUAUAUUGAACUUCUUGAGAAGUGAGCGGGACCAGCAUUCACGAAAUUUUGCUCAUUGGCGGGUUUACUAGAAUUUCAAAUGUUCAGUCUCUAAUGCAGUUUUUCUUUGAUGGCGAGGAAUUUUGCAACAGCAUCAAGCCUGAUGAGGCUGUAGCGUAUGGUGCUGUUUUAAGUGGUGCUGGACAAGCUCUUGUUGGAUGUCACUCCUCUGCCUCCUGGUGUCGAGAUAAUAAUAGAGGUGUUAUGGAUACACUGAUCCCAAGGAACACAACCAUUCCCAUCAAGAUUGAAAAGGUCUUCAGCACCUAUAGAGACAAAUCGGUAGAGAUACUUUGUGCUAAUAACAAAAAGAUAAGUUUGAUUCUGUCCAAUAGUGGUUAUGUCUUCUAUGGUGUGGCUCAUCAGCACUUUAUGAAGAGGAUGGACGUCUCAUACGCACUUCUUUACCGGAUUAUGGAUAUGGAAACGAAGCAUGCAGUGAAGAUGGCAACAUAGUAGGGAUGGGAUGUUAGUUGUUAUCCUCAACCUGGCUCUGUCAAGAUAUAUACCUGAUGGAGACUUUAGUUUUGGAAUCCAACUAUCAGCAGCAUUACAGAACAUCCUGGAGUGAGUGAUGGUUUUUUUUUCAACAUUUUGGUUGCAAUUGGUGCAAUUGGUGCUGGUUUAGGUUUUCUUCGGAAGGAAGGACGGAAAAUAUGGUGCUUGUUGCUUUUUCAUUCAGAAAGAAGUCAAUGUCUGUAGUCUGUAUCAUAUCACCUCCCCAGUCCUCAAAUAAAAAGAGUUGUGUACUUCCAUUGUAUUUGAUAAGUUGUUUGUAUCAAGAAAAUUCUGUACAUUUUUGUCCUUUGUUUCAAACUUUGUCCGUUGGUGUAAU